GUGACGGAGAACCGGCGAUAGACGUGACCGUCGCUAUUUACAGCUACUUAUUUUCCAGGAUAGUUAACGGAAGCAAUUAACAAGUCUACUUCUCAAGUGUAGGGUGGUUUCUUUCGCCCGUAGCCGGUAAAAGAAAAAAGUUGACUUUGCGGUUUUCUUCACACUAGGCUACACAGUGCUAACAACGACAUCAUUAACAGGUUGUUUCGGCCAGAGACUGAACAUGCCGAGCCUCAGAGAAAAUCUUCGACCUAGACUCUGCGUUCUUGAAAAAGGAGACAAUGGCUAUGGUUUCCAUCUUCAUGGAGAAAAGGGUAAAGUUGGACAAUUUAUACGACUUGUAGAACCUGAUUCGCCCGCUGAAACCUCGGGUUUGCGCGCCGGAGAUAAACUGGUGUUCGUGAACGAUGAAAAUGUGGAAAGUGAGAGUCAUCAACAAGUCGUGUCACGGAUACGAGCGACUACGAGCAAACUGGAACUCGUAGUGGUCGACGGCGAUACUGAGCAACUGUUGAAAAAGCAUAAUUUGAAGUGCCUGAAAGAAUAUGUGACAGACGGGAUACCUGUACCAGAGUGUGAGGUGGAAAACGGGGAUGUUGAGGUACACGGAACCCCGAGAGAGUCGACGCCGGAACCCGUGAAAAACGGCGAAGUAGAGCACAUUCCCCUAGAAAAGAAAGUCAGCUCCGCGAGUUCAGAAAAGAACUUUCAGAAUGAGCUGAGGCCACGUCUGUGUGUGAUCCAGAAAGGGUACAAUGGCUAUGGCUUCAACCUGCAUAGUGAGAAGUCCAACCCGGGCCAGUAUAUCAGAGCUGUGGAUGAGGACUCGCCAGCCGAAAGAGCUGGUCUGCGGGCCAAAGACCGGAUAAUCCAGGUAAAUGGUGUAUUUGUAGAAGGGAAGCUGCAUUCAGAGGUGGUAGCUGCCAUCCGGGCUGGAGGGGAUGAGACAACUCUGCUGGUGGUGGACCCUGAUGCAGAUGCAUACUUUAAGAAGUGCUGCGUAGUGCCCAAACCAGAGCACGUCUCAGGACCCUUGCCUGUGCCAGCUGUAAACGGGGACCUGGAGGAGAAGGUUAAUGGAAAAAUGGGAAGAGAAUCCGAGCCAAAAGAGCCCAAGGUGUCAGUCAGCCCAUCACCAUCAAACACCUCAUCGAAUGCAUCAUUCACAACUCCGCCUGCUGGCACUCCGCCUACGGAGUUUGUGGAGCCCACCAUCAGGGAUGCCAUCCCAGCCCUGAACCUUUCCCUGCAGCAAGUUAAAGAGCGAGCGCAUCAGAAACGCUCCAACAAGAGGGCCCCCCCCAUGGACUGGAACAAGAAACACGAACUGUUCAGUAAUCUAUAAUCUUCCCAUGUAUUUGCCUGUAAAAAGGAUAUCAUUUUAAGCCAGAUUUGUUUUAAGAUGUUAUGUUUUUAUAUGACUUGUUUUGAAGUGGAUUUGAACAAGACAAUAUAGAACACAGUGAAGAUUUAGUAAAUAUAUAUGAAAUACUAGAUAUAUUUCAAGAUAAUGUAAUUGAAGUACUAACACAAAUUAGAUGAUGAAGAAUUAGAUAGUCGUAACAAUAGCAGUGCAUUACUUUGAUGUAUCAAACAUAAUUAUAAGUCCUUUAUAAAUACCAUCAACUCAGUUUGUUGCCCUUCUUUGUGUGUGCAAGAAUAUAUGGCAUCAGUGCUGAAUUGCUUAAUUCAGCAUUCAGUGAAUUUGCUUAAUUCAUGUCUGUGACUGAUAAAGUCAGAACUGUGCAGUUAUUGGUACUGUGUAGUUACAGUAUCAUUGUUCUAAAUGUAAAUUAUAAUUUCACCAGCAAUUACUUGUUAUCUGAUAUGUCAUGUUUUCUUACUGAAUACAGAAAUGUGUGCUUGUUAAAAAAUAAUUGGUCUAAUUGUGGCUGCUUUCUUUUGUAGUUCAGUAUAGAAUAUUUGCAGUGUGUACUACUCAUUUCAGACCACUGCAGUGUAAUUGGUGUCACUCCUGUGUACACAUAUUGAAUAAUGCACAUAUGCUAUACAUGUUGAAUGUUAUUUCAGUGCUACAAUAAAUGUAUAGUUCUCUCAGUAUGAUCUUUAAAUGUCUACAAGUAAAUAUUUGAAUAUUUGUGCAUUCUUUUUGUGGUUUAGAAAGAGCUUAAAAUUAGUGGGGUCAAUGUUUGCCAGAGAAAUUAAAGUAAAGGACUAAUUAGCCUAUUUUAAAUGGCAUAUCCCAGCGGAGCUCUUGGGUACAGAACACCUACUUAAGGAACUGGCAUAAAACCCAGCACCAGAUGUUAAGUAAGUUAAAUAGAAAAGAAAAAAUAUAUCUUGGGGCUAUAGUCAUGCAUCAUCCAGUGGGUGUCAUGCCCAUAUUAGGAACUCUGGGUUUUUAUCCCAGAAAAAAAAUUACUGGCAUUAUUGAUGGUCAUCUCUCGCACCCAGUGGUAAAUAAAAACAUUUAAAAUCCA